AUGUCCUCCGUCAGCGACAUCAGCUCUGUCUUCGGCUCUUUCGCCCGCCCUCCCAUCCCCAAGGGCCCCAGCAUCGAGAUCAAGCUGGACAACCACUACAACUCCAAGGUCUACUCUUCCGGCUCCCCGGUGGCUGGCGAGGUCACCAUCACCCCCUGGAAGGACACCCGUUUCGACUUUGUCUCCAUCAUCCUCAUCGGUCACUCGCGCACCCGCCUCGACGCUGCGCAGAUCGCCCAGCACUCCUCGCACACCUUCCUCAAGCUCAACAUGCCCAUUCCCGCCUCGGCCUACCCCGUGCCCCGCGUCUUCGAGGCUGGCCACAAGUACAGCAUUCCCUUCAACUUCGUCAUUCCUCACCAUCUGACCUUGAGCGCCUGCAACCACCCGAAGCAGUCGGAUGCUGUCUAUGACCAGCACAUGCGUCUGCCCGCCUCGAUGGGUGCCUGGGGCAAGGACGACAUGUCGCCGCAGAUGGCGCGCGUCGAGUACAUAGUCAAGGCCCGCGUCGCCGAGAUGCCUGAGCUUGGUGGCCGUCCGAUCAAAGUGAUGGAGGAUCACUACCACAUCAACGUGCUCCCCAUUUCCCCCGAAGACCCCCCUCUGAACAUCACGUCUGAGGACAAGGGCUAUCGCCUCACCAAGGCCAAGACGCUCCGAAAGAACAUUUUCACGGCCAAGCAGGGCCGCAUCAUCGCCAAUGCCAUUCAGCCUCCCGCCAUCCGCCUCGGCGCCGACGGCCGUACUGCCUCGGAGACAUCUGUCACGGUUAACCUGACUUUCGAGCCCACAUCGCCCGAGAUUGUGCCUCCCAACGCCAGCCACGUCUCGGCCAAGGUCCACGCGGUCACAUGGUUCAGCGCUGCGCCCAUCUCCAACUUGCCCAACAUGGGCGACGCUCGCCAUAGCUACGCGGCGCUGCCUCAGCUGAGCUACUCGACAUCUGUGUCACUCUUCUCGGAUGAUCUCGAGAAGACCCAGUGGCAGAUUCGCGCCACGAACCCGUCGCGCCGCGACUCUGGCUACUCCAGCGAGGGCCAGCCCGACAGCAACUCGGACUCGGACCAGCCGUCGAGCCGUCGCAGCAGCAAGUCGGCGGCUUCAGGCAAGGCACCCAUCUUCCAUGAGACGGCACUUCACAUUCCCGUGCGCAUUCCCACCGGACGCAAGCUCUUCCUCCCCACCUUCCACAGCUGCCUCAUCUCUCGCACCUACACCCUGCAAGUCGGCGUCACGGUUGGCGACGCCAAGCUCAACCUAUCGGUGCCUCUUCAGGUCAUUGUUGAGCCCACGGCCGACCAGAUGAUGCAGGCUACCGGCCUCCCCAGCUUUGACGCUGUCAUGGCCCUGCAGGAAGCAGCGGACGCCGAUGAGCUUCUCCGUGGCCGCGUCAUGCGCCAGCCGGACCCUGAUUUCCAGGAGACGAGCGUACUUCCUGGUUACGGCGAUUUCCUGGUCAGCAGGGCUGUCCACGCCUGA